AUGGGCGGAGACGAGAAGAAAGUUCUGGCUGUUCAAAAAAAGAAGAAAAGAAAGAACAACAAGAAAAAGGGCAACAAACCAAAAGCACCACCUCCGACAAAUGGUUCUUCGAACCAAAUGAAUGGAAAUCAUGAAUCUGCUUUGGAUUUUGAUGAUGUGGAAAAUACUACUCCCAACGGUAACACCAUUUUGAAGAAAUCGAAAACUGACGACAACUGCUACCAAGUUCCUUUCGGUGUCCCAGAAGGAUACUAUGGGAAUGCUGAUCCAUGGUCGAAACCAGUUUCUUUUCAAAAUUUCAAGCCCGGUGAAGAAUAUAACAAUUGGUCUGGCAGUCCGGGUAGUGAGUCUGCAGGACAUCGAAGCGGUUCUAGCGAAGAUGGAGAACCAGCUGUACAAGAAGAAGUACUCGGAUCAGACGAUGAGGAACAAGAGGAUCCACGUGACUAUAGGCGUGGUGGCUACCAUCCCGUUAAUAUAGGAGACGUGUUCAACCGGAGGUACCACGUAAUUCGCAAGUUAGGAUGGGGCCAUUUUUCGACGGUGUGGUUGUGCUGGGAUACUAAGGACAAACGAUUUGUUGCGAUGAAGAUAGUCAAGUCUGCAGAUCACUACACGGAAGCCGCGCAAGAUGAAAUUAAGCUCUUACUCGCAGUACGUGAGGCCGAUCCUGAAGACCCUGGUUGUCAGCGAGUAGUUCAACUUCUGGAUGAAUUCUCCGUUACUGGAGUCAACGGUGUUCACACUUGUAUGGUAUUCGAGGUUCUUGGAUGCAACCUCCUGAAACUAAUCAUUCGAUCUAAUUACCAGGGUUUGCCUCUCGAACAGGUUCGGAAAAUCACAAAGCAGGUGCUCGAAGGUCUCAGGUAUUUGCAUGAAAAAAGCAAAAUUAUCCAUACUGAUAUUAAACCAGAAAAUGUGUUGGUAACAAUGAGCCACGAGGAAGUAAAGUUGAUGGCACAGCAUGCGGUCGUGGCUACGAAGAUGAAUCUUAAACUAAGUGGAUCAGCUGUGAGUACGGCACCUAGUCAUGUGCAGAAAAAAGUACAAGAAAACAUGACUAAAAAUAAAAAGAAGAAACUCAAGAAGAAAGCUAAGAAGCAACGAGAGCUCUUAGAAUCUCAGCUUGCCCAAAUGGAAGGACUCACCGUAGACCCAACUGCAAUUCAGGAAGUCCUUAACAGUGCUCCGAACUCUGCGCGAGGCUACGGCAAUCCUCCACCGCCAUCGUUGAUGAAUAGUCCACCUUCUGGCCCGGUGCCUCAGUUGCUACAGAACUGUAGGAUGAGCGAGAUGCAACAAACCAUGUUCUGCAAUCCCACGUACCAUUCAGUGCAACAGGAAGGAGACGGAGUUACCGCCACUAUCGUCCAAGACAUUAGCGACGCCGAGGGCGAAACUAGCGUGCAGCUUCAGCAAGUACUUAGCCCGGUUCCUAUCGAUCGUACUAGCCUAAGCCCUCCCAGCGACACUGAACUGCGAAACGCCAUUGACACAAAUCGUGCAUUUGGUUUUUCUGACACCCCGCUUUCGCCAUCAAAUCCUUUUUCUGCUCAGCAGUUGCCAACUGUUCUUCCAACACCUCCAGUGGGACCAAAUUUGAAUGAUCCCUAUGCAGACAUAGAGGUGAAAAUAGCAGAUUUGGGUAAUGCGUGUUGGACACACCAUCACUUCACAGAGGAUAUACAAACAAGGCAGUAUCGGUCAUUGGAAGUAUUGAUUGGUGCUGGAUAUGGACCUCCCGCCGAUAUUUGGAGCACCGCAUGCAUGGCUUUUGAACUAGCUACUGGAGAUUAUCUCUUCGAACCCCACAACGGAGACAAUUAUUCUCGUGAUGAGGACCACCUAGCUCACAUUUGCGAAUUACUCGGAUCAAUUCCUCCGUCUGUAUAUAAAAAGGGACAGCAUUGGAAAGAGUUCUUCAACAAGCAAGGUCGCUUGUUGCACAUUCACCAGCUGAAGCCGUGGCCUCUCCUGGAUGUUCUGCGACAAAAGUAUGACUGGCCAUUCGAACAAGCUCGACAGUUCGCCUCCUUUCUCAUACCUAUGCUGGCAUUUGAUCAGGACGAAAGAGUUACUGCUGCGCAGGCACUUGAGCAUGACUGGUUGAAACCUUUCGGUGGAAAGCCUCCCCCACCUGAUGUACCUAUCGAGGUGUUGAGACGAGUUUACCCUGAUGCCAGUACGUCGUGGCAAGAAAACGUGAUGAACUCAACAUCAGCAAACGGUGCAGAUGUACGUCAAGUGGACCUGGACUUGGAACAAGCGCUAGGCAGUGCCGAAGUAUAG